CAACGCUCUCGCUUUCUCUCUCUAAAAUGACAAUAAAACCUGAGCUAUAUAUACAGAAUAUAGAGAUAAAUACGGUUGUACUGUAGAGAGAGAGAGAGAGAGAGAGAGAGAGAGAUCUGAGCUGAUUGGGUUGGGGGACGAGUCGGGUCGAGUCCAGACACGUCUCUUCUGUCGAAACAGCAUUCAAUGUCCGAAUGGUCUGCGACGACGAAGAUCCAUAUAUACCACCAAGUAAUACCCAACUCGCCGAUGUGAUCGAUUCCUCCGAUUUCUUCUCUCUCUUUCUCUUUCUAAACCUCAAUCGAAGAAGGAGAGGAAUGAUUGUAGCUAUCGGCUAAAACAGCUUUCGAUCUAUUCAAUUUUCGCAUUUUCAGAUUUGAGCUCUGUGAUAGCUUCAGUAAUCUGCAAUUGAUUUCAGAUCUGGUUGUUGAAGUCUGUAUCGCCUUAUUAGCUAAAAAGAGGUUUGUUUGGUAAUGUGGAAGAAGAUAAGGUACUUGGCAAAAAAGUAGUGGGAAGAAGAUAAGGUGAGUGUGAAUUGGAGUUGUUUGACUUGGAUUGUAACUAUUUGAGUGUCAUUGAAGAGAUCUAUAGUGAUUGAUGUGAAUCUGAAGCUGACUGCAGUGACAGAGGGCCAAAAGCCCUAAUUUUUUCCGGUUUUAUGUAGCUUGUGAAGCACCAAAAAUAAUUUGAAGUUGUUCGAGGGGAUGAAAGUUUGGGUUAGUUCUGUAAUGUUUAACCUAUGUAGCUUGAACUUUAGAAGAAUGAUGAAACUAUAGCUUUGUGUAGUUUUGAAAGCAAAAGUAUUAAUGGAAGAUUGGUCUAAAUAUGCCCACAGUCCUGCCCACUUGGCUGUUGCAUGCCGUGACUAUGCUGCCCUCAAACGAAUCAUCUCGAACCUCCCUCAGCUCGCCAAGGCUGGCGAGGUGAACAAUGAAGCUGAAUCUAUUGCUGCUGAACUUGAAGCUGAUGCCGUAUCUGCGGCUAUCGAUCGGCGAGAUGUUCCAGGCCGUGAAACCCCUCUGCAUCUCGCGGUUCGCAUCAGGGAUCCAGUCUCGGCGGAGAUUUUAAUGGCAGCUGGUGCUGACUGGAGUCUUCAGAAUGAGCAUGGAUGGAGUGCCCUCCAAGAAGCAGUCUGCACCAGAGAGGAAAAUAUUGCUAUGAUAAUUGCCCGGCAUUACCAGCCUCUUGCCUGGGCUAAAUGGUGUCGCCGGCUUCCUCGCAUUGUCGCCUCAUCAGCUCGGAUUCGUGAUUUUUAUAUGGAAAUUACCUUCCACUUUGAGAGCUCUGUCAUUCCAUUCAUCGGUCGCAUUGCUCCAUCGGACACUUACAGAAUUUGGAAACGUGGUUCUAAUCUCCGUGCUGAUAUGACCCUUGCUGGCUUUGAUGGGUUCCGCAUUCAACGAUCUGAUCAAACUUUCCUCUUUCUUGGAGAGGGAUAUACUUCAGAAGACGGUAAUAUAUCUUUAUCCCCUGGUUCUUUGAUUGUGCUUGCCCACAAGGAUAAAGAAAUAACAAAUGCUUUGGAGGGAGCUGGUGCCCAACCAACAGAAGCUGAAGUUGCCCAUGAAGUUGCCUUGAUGUCUCAAACUAACAUGUAUAGGCCAGGUAUUGAUGUUACUCAGGCUGAACUUGUUCCCCAUCUUAAUUGGAGGCGGCAGGAGAGGACUGAGAUGGUUGGUAACUGGAAGGCCAAGGUAUAUGAUAUGCUUCAUGUGAUGGUGAGUGUGAAGUCGAGGCGGGUUCCAGGUGCUAUGACUGACGAGGAGCUUUUUUCUGUGGAUGAUGAUGAAAGGAUAGUAAAUGGAGGUGAGCGUGAUGAGUAUGAUGAUAUAUUGACAGCUGAGGAAAGGAUGCAGUUAGAUUCUGCACUUCGCAUGGGGAAUUCAGAUGGUCUUUGCGAGGAUGAGGAACAUGGGGUUCGGGAUUGUCAUGAAAAUGGUGACGGAGGCUCCUUUGGAAGUUGUGAAUCCAAUGGUGUUAACAAGGAGAAGAAGAGUUGGUUUGGUUGGAACAAGAAAGGUACAAAGCAUGGAAGUGAUGAUCCUGACGAUUCGAAGAUUUUGAAGAAGUUCUCAAAGCUGGCCCCGGAAGGUGGGAAUCAGAAACCUAAUGAUAGUCAAAGAUCAUCAUCUGAAUUCCCCAGGGAAGAUAUUGGGGAUGUUAAAAAAAGCAAAGAUAAAAGCAGCAAGAAGAAAAAGAAGAAAGGCGGAAUGAGUGAGUCUAAGAAUGAGAGCGAGUAUAAAAAGGGUUUGAGACCUGUUUUGUGGUUGACACCGGAUUUCCCUUUAAAGACCGAAGAACUCUUGCCUUUACUUGACAUCUUAGCCAACAAAGUGAAGGCUAUUAGAAGAUUGAGGGAGCUUUUAACUACUAAACUACCUCAUGGCACAUUUCCUGUGAAGGUGGCUAUCCCAAUUGUCCCAACUAUUCGGGUCCUUGUCACCUUUACAAAGUUUGAGGAGCUUCAACCAGUGGAUGAGUUUUUUUCCCCUGUUUCCAGCCCUGCACAUUUCCAAGACGCCAAGUCUAAGGAAUCGGAGGGAUCCUCAUCGUGGAUUUCAUGGAUGAGAGGAAGCCUUGGAGGGCAAUCAAGUGACAGUGGAAGUCACAGCUUCAAAGAUGAGCCUGACCCCUUCCACAUACCAUCACACUAUGCCUGGGUUGAUGCCAAUGAGAAAAAACGGCGUAUGAAAGCCAAGAAAGCCAAGAGCAAGAAACAUAGGAAACAAGCAGCUGCAAGAAGUGGAGAUGUUGGGCGUCAGUUGAGUGAGGAUUUAGAAGAAUAACAGCAUAUAAGGGAUCCUUGUUACGUCGGUUGCUGCUCCAAGAUCCUUUGCCAGAUGACAUAAAGGUCAUUCCUUGCAUGCCUGACUUCUAUUUUACUCUUCAGAAGUAGUGGAGGGGCUCACUGGAUAAGAGUUAGGUUGUUGCUUCUUGUUGGUGAAGAAGAUCUUAUCUUCAUCCAUUGUUGUAUUGUUAUGUGAUGUAAAAUUGGCAGAAUUUACUCAUUUCUUUGAUAGCUUGUUGUCCCUAAUUUUUCUUGAACUGCUUUGUGUAUCCAUAUCUUUGGUUAUCUAGUUUACGUUUUUCUGAUCGGGGUUCUCCUUUAAGCCAUCUGAGAGAAAUCAUCGAACUCUGGUGCCAAGAAAAGGCGACACGCAUGUAUUAAAGCAUCCUCUUUUGUGGAACUGUGUGAUCAUUUACAGAUGCUGCUUCAUUUUCUGGA